GAGGGCGGGAGCGCUAGGUCCUGUUGCGGGUCGCGGUGUUGCCGGUCGUAAUGCUCCGUCGGAAGCCGACGCGGCUGGAGCUGAAGCUGGAUGACAUCGAGGAAUUCGAAAGUGUCCGGAAGGAGCUGGAGAGCCGUAGGAAGCAACGGGACGAGGUGGAGGCGGCGGCGGGUGGCGAGGAGGCGGCAGCGAUCGGAGCACUGGGCACGGAGCACAAGAGCCGCGAGCAGCUCAUCAGUGACCGCAUCGGGUACAAGCCGCAGCCCAAGGCCGGUGGCCGUACCGCGCACUUCGGCACCUUCGAGUUCUAACGGGGGCUGCCCCGGGACCACGCAAGCCCCAGCCCCGCUCAGCCGGGAGAGCCACGCCGGACGGGCCGAACCGUCCACGCUCUGAGCUGUUACAUUUUUUGGUUAACAUGUCCGC